AUGACACCCCUCUUUGUAGACAGGGACCUGAAGGACCUUGUUCACUGUCCUCUUCCUUCAGAACCAGCAAAGGAGGCCACGACACCAGCUUGGUCAAAGAUUGCCACCAAGAAUUAUUAUUGUUUUACAGAUUAUGUCUUUUUUGAGAACUCUUCAAGCAAUCCAUUCUUGAUCAGAAGAAUAGAGGAAUUGAACAAGACUGUCAAUGGCAAUGUGGAAGCAAAGUGUGUUUGUUUCUAUCGGAGACGAGACAUUUCAAGCAGUCUUAUUGCCCUCGCUGAUAAACAUGCAAGGGAAGUGGAAGAGGAGAUGGAGAACACAGAACUACAGGAGCUAUCGGAGAAUGAGCGACACCAGCUGAAGCACCGAGAACUCUUCCUGUCACGGCAGCUAGAAUCUUUACCCGCGACCCACAUCAGGGGUAAGUGCAGUGUUACACUGCUAAACGAAACAGAGUUACUUCUAUCCUACCUGGAACGUGAGGACACUUUUUUUUAUUCACUCGUCUAUGAUCCACAGCUGAAGACCCUUUUGGCAGAUAAGGGAGAAAUCCGUGUUGGGCCCCAGUACCAGGCAGACAUUACAGACCUACUGAAAGAAGGAGAGGAGGAUGGAAGAGAUCAGUCCAAAAUGGAAGCCAAAAUCUGGGAUGGUGACACCCCAUUGACAGACAAACAGAUUGACCAGUUCUUAGUAGUUGCUCGGUCUGUAGGUACAUUUGCCCGUGCUUUAGACUGCAGUAGUUCAGUGAGACAGCCUAGUUUGCACAUGAGUGCAGCAGCUGCCUCCAGGGAUAUCACUCAGUUUCAUGCCAUGGACACCUUGUACAAAAGCACCUAUGAAGUUUCGCAGGCCAUCUCUGCGUUGGUCCCACAGGGUGGGCCAGUGCUUUGUCGAGACGAAAUGGAAGAGUGGUCUGCUUCAGAGGCCAACUUAUUUGAAGAAGCACUGGAGAAGUAUGGGAAGGAUUUUGAUGACAUCCAGCAAGACUUUUUGCCCUGGAAGUCAUUAACCAGCAUCGUAGAGUACUACUACAUGUGGAAAACCACUGACCGAUAUGUGCAACAGAAACGCUUGAAAGCAGCUGAAGCAGAAAGCAAACUGAAGCAAGUGUACAUUCCUAACUAUAAUAAGCCAAACCCAAACCAGAUCAAUGGAAGCAGCUCAAAGACUGGAACAAUGAAUGGAGGGAGUGCGCUGGCACCAAAUGGAGCAGUGGCAGUGCCAGGACCGGGACGAGCUUGCGAGAGCUGUUACACCAAUCAAUCAUAUCAGUGGUACUCGUGGGGCCCACCCACCAUGCAGUGCCGACUCUGCGCAGCCUGUUGGGCCUACUGGAAGAAAUACGGUGGACUGAAGAUGCCAACCCGGCUAGAUGGUGAAAGGCCGGGACCAAACCGGAAUAAUCUGAAUGCCCAGGGUCUGCCGGUUCGGAACAGCAGCAGUCCCAAGUUCGCCCUGAAGACAAGGCAGGCUUUUUAUCUGAAUACAAACAAACUGACAAGAAUGGCCAGGCGUCUAUGUCAAGACAUUUUGCAACAGGCAGCACGGCACCCCCAUGUGCCAAUUAACAUCACAGCCAUCAAGGCAGAGUAUACACUGCGGUUACCUGCAGUACCAAUACAGAUCACAGGAUUGAAACGAGCAGCUAGGAAACCCUUGGAAACAAUUGUGGAAUACCUCGAGGCCCAUCCGUGCCCGAAGCAAGACCGUCCCAACGUCAGUUUGCACAUCAGCAACGUGACACCUGCCAAGCUGAUGCCUAUUUUAAAUCACAGCUCUCCAACCAUCCUGGGCAAGCGGAGCUAUGAGCAACACAAUGGCAUUGAUGGCAGCACAAAGAAACGCCUUCUGAUGCCUUGUAGGGGUAUGUCGAACCAUACCCCAGGGAGACAGCUGGGACCUGCUCGAAACUCUAUGGUCAAUGGGAGAUCUUACCCAGCCAGUGUCAGAGCUCCACGAGCAGGCUCGGUGCCACCAGUGAAGCGUAGGCGAUUAAACUGGAUCGAUGCCCCAGGCGACGUCUUUUUCAUGGCAACUGAUGAAACCAGGAAGAUCCGCAAGUUGCUUACUUCCUUUGAGAGGAGACGUAGCGGGAGGAGGCCCCAGGCUCAGAUUGCCAUUGAACAGUGCCAACCAGACCAAGCAAAAGGACCAAGGCCUCCCCUCAGUGAUGAGCCCAUUGUGAUUGAAGAUUAAUGGAGAAAGUCGACAUUGUUCAUCUGCCUGUAUUUCGCCCUGACAAUGUUGGUUUCGCCCAGAGGAAAGGGAACUGUAUUUGUUUUCUUUUUUAAAAAUAUUUAAAACAAUCUUUAUCUUUGUAACAGUGCUCUCAUCUGAAACUGAGACAUCAGGUUGGUUAUCUGCCCUUCCCAUCAUUUGUUUUCUGUCAUUGGACUUACAGAAGGAAAGAUUUACAUUGAUGUAAAAUUCACAACCUCAGGACAUCUGAAAGUGUUUUACAGCCAAUGAUGUAAUUCUUGAAGUGUAGUCACUGCUGUGUGUAUGGAAGUGUGGCAAUCAAAUUGAGGUCAGAUCCCACAAAACAAACUGAAAUGAAUAGCCAGAUAAUCAGUUUUAUGAUGUUUGUUGAGAGAUAAAUGUUGGCCAGUCUGGAACAAAUUCCCAAUACCUGUUCACCAGCUCUAAAGUCAAUUUAAAUUAUUCAGGUACAAGAGAGAAAAGAACAUUUUAUUUUCAGAUUUGGUUUGGUGAAGAUCAGAAUUUGGGUCCAAUUGGGGAUCUUAUGGUUCUGCGGUGAGCCCUUUGAAUCCACCACACUGUGUGAAUUAAUCUUCAUUAUGAAGUUUUAGAUUCUUGAAAAUGUUAGCUGGUCAAAGCUUGCUGCUUCAUUCAAAAGGGGAAGCCAAGGAUUUAUUUCCUCCUUUCCUCCCCACUGGUGGUGCCUUGCAGUUAUAGGAUGCACUAACCAAAGUCACCUACUCUGUGCCCAUACCCCUCCAUCACAUCACAAUCGAGGUGCAAUGAAGGAUCCUACCUGAAACAGUAAUGCACUUUCCUGUUCCACACAGUGACUAACUUGGCUGUUUUCAACAUUAGUGGUGGGGAGUUGGUAUUUAGAACUCCUAUCUUGUCCCCUUCUUCAGAAAGUGCUAAUCUCUUCAAGGUAUACAGUUCUGCAGAAGCCAGUACCUCUUGAGUGUCUCACACAAAUCGCGUGUGUGUUUGGUUAAUGAAUGGUAGCUGACUGUCUGACCAUGGGAUGAAUAAUGGCUGAAUCUGAUCCCAUCUUGACUGACAGUACUUUCACUUUUUCAUAGGAUAGUGAUCAAUAGUAGGAAAAAGUGAGGUCUGCAGAUGCUGGAGAUCAGAGAUGGAAAUGUGUUGCUGGAAAAGCGC